CCCCUCGUUACGCUCUCACCCCCUUGCGGCACGUAGUGAACGACUCACCUCGCAGUGCUCUCGCCAUGUUCGCGCCGAGCGAGCGGCUCGUUUUCCCGCAACAGUGAGGAUCCCAAGGAUCCCCGAGGAUCAUCGAGGAGGAUCGUUCUCUUCAUCCCCGCGAGCGAUCAACCCCGCGGAAGCGGUCGAGAAGGCGCCGCGGGAUCGAGCGCGCGCGGCCGCUCGCCAUGGCGGGUCCGUACCUGUCGCCCCUCGGGCCCCAGGCCGAUCUGCUCACCGAAUACAUGUUUGGCCGUCGUCGUCAGGUCAGUAGACGCAAUCGGACCACGUUCACGCCGCAACAGCUUCAGGAAUUGGAAUCUCUUUUCCAGAAAACGCAUUAUCCCGACGUUUUUCUCCGAGAGGAAGUCGCACUUCGGAUAUCACUCUCGGAAGCACGUGUUCAGGUAUGGUUUCAAAACAGACGGGCAAAGUGGAGAAAGCAAGCUCGGUUACAAUUGCUGCAGGACGCAUGGAGAAUGCGAUGCUUGGGUUUAGGGAGCGCCACGCCAUUGCUGCUCGGCCGACCACCCCCUGGCGGCCUCGAGAGGACCACCACCACCACCGACGCGUCCUCCACUUCACCGUCGUCCUCGUCAGCUCUCACAAGCUCGCCAAACGCAACAGAGAACAACAAGCUUCCCGAGAUUAGUGGCCCUGUGUCGGUCUGCAGAGAUUUUAGAAUCCUUCCUCCGCCGCCACCCGGAUACUCGGUACCUUGCGACAAAUCACCCGAUAGGAUCAAGUGCCGAUGCGGAACGCCGCCCAGGAUCUGCGCGAGUCCUGUGGACCAUAACGACAUCCUGGCGACGAGGGAGCGGCCGCAGGAGGCCGAGAUGGAUCUCACCCUGAAGGGCCACCAUCCCGCGUCAUCCACUAGGCAUUCCUUGUUCCAUCACUUACCCAGUAACCAUCAACAGCAGGACAUCGCGCAGAGCAUGGACGAGCCUUUGGACGUCACUCUCAACAGCGGCAAGAACAACUGAGAACCGGACGAGAGAAGACACCGAUUUGCUAUCGGUCAAUUUUACGACAACUCGCUAAGAUGUUUCACUUUUCAAAAUCUUUUGACUCUUAAAUGUACGGUGUAAUUGUAUUUGACAAGUAUAUACUGAAGGUAACGUGCAUCGUCAAACUCUGCAUCAGUUUCGAAAAUAGAGGCGAAGGUGAUAUUAUGACUUCUCACUUACAUUUUGUACAAAAAUUUUGUUAAUAAUCAAUAUUUUACAUUGAAA